AUGUGUAUUCUAUUAAUUGUGUCGAUAUUAUUACUUUUAAAUGACAAUGAAUGUCGACAGUAUCGGUACGAUUAUAAAUUCCUAUUGGAAGUGGAUGGGUGGAUCAAAUUACAUCCGGUACCUGCCACAUGGGAGGAAGCGAGGCUCAAAUGUCAGUUGGAAGGUGCAAUGUUGUCUUCACCACAUACGAUAAACAUGCAAGCAGUUAUGAAGAACACAAUGAAAAACACAAGGGCAGAAUUAUCUGGUGUGUUCACUGGCACACACGCGAGGUUUUCAAAAGGUGACUUUUAUUCCGUGGAUGGAAUACCUCUAACUAAAAUGGCAGUCAGUUGGAUGCCAAUGGAGCCAGAUAAUGAAGGGAAUAUUGAGGAAUGCAUCUUGAUGCUGGGAAAUGGGACGAUCGCUGAUGUGAACUGUAACGACGUCUAUCCAUACAUUUGUUACAGGAAGCGACAAAAUGUGGCCUUCACUGAGUGUGGUACCAUUGAUAGGGAUUACAUCUUCGAUAAGCGAACGGGCCAUUGCUACAAGUUCCACACCGUCCAUCGCAACUGGACGAGAGCCUUCAUGACUUGUUCAGCUGAAGGGGCAUAUCUGGCUAUCGUCAACAGCGAAACUGAAGCUGAGGUUAUGAGGGACCUGUUCGCGACUCACCCAGCAAAUACUAUCAAAUACGACACGGUCCUGGUAGGCUUUCAUGAUUGGGGAGAACGUGGUACUUGGACUACGGUACAUGGGCAAACACUCGAGGAGGCUGGUUACGCCAAAUUUGAGAAGGGUCAACCUGACGCAGCGCCACCCGGGGAGUAUUGUGGUGGAAUGUUCAGAGGUGCAACCUUAAACGACGUCUGGUGCCAUGAGAGUCUCGCUUUUAUCUGCGAAAAGACCGUGGAUAGCUUGAUAGAAUGGGAUGACUAUUCGAUAUAA